GUAACUUUUUGAGCUUGAGAGUGGAAGAGUAAACAACAAUUUCUUAUUAAUAUUCAAAGGGCUUAUUUAAAUGAAUUAGUUACAAACUUACAAUCAAAUUACUAUACAAGUAUAUAUGUAUAUCUCUCAUCAUAAGUGGUUUAAUUACAUCAACAUAACCGGUAUAAUUAACUUGAAAGUUCUACUUGCUUUUUUUUUUUCGUUUUUUUUUUUUUUUUUGAUAUAUUGGAAAUUCGGAAUGGAUUUUAGUUGAACUCUACAUCUUAGCUAUAUAUAGAUAAAUAAAUAUAAAUUAAUAAAGAUGAAAAUAGGAUGAGAUAUUAAUGGAUAUGGAGAAAUAAGAGAAGAAGCACCACUUGAUCACUUAGAGCCCACGUUCCCACUCUUAAUCACCCAAAAAAAAUUAAAACAAAGACGUGCUCACAUCUCAUCUCACUCCCUCACCAGCUCACUUCACUCUCUCUUUCUCUCUUUUUUUUUUUUUUUAUAAUCAUCUCUCUCAAUCAUCCUCUAAUCAAAGAUCACCACCAUAUGGCUCUCGAGACUCUCAAUUCUCCCACCUCCACCACCACCACCACCGCUCCUCCUCCUUUCCUCCACUGCCUCGAUGAAACCGAACCCGAAAACCUCGAAUCAUGGACCAAAAGAAAACGUACAAAACGUCACCGUAUAGAUCAACCAAACCCUCCUUCUGAAGAAGAGUAUCUCGCUCUUUGCCUCCUCAUGCUCGCUCGUGGCUCCUCCGAUCAUCACUCUUCACCGUCCGAUCAUCAGAAAGAUUACAAGUGUUCCGUCUGUGGCAAAUCUUUCCCGUCUUAUCAAGCGUUAGGUGGACACAAAACAAGUCACCGGAAACCGGUUAGUAUUAAUAACGACGAUGCUAAUAAUAGUAACGGUUCCGUUACUAAUAACGGAAAUAUUAGUAACGGUUUAGUUGGUCAAAGUGGGAAGACUCAUAACUGCUCUAUAUGUUUCAAGUCGUUUCCCUCUGGUCAAGCAUUGGGUGGUCACAAACGGUGUCACUAUGACGGUGGUAACGGUAACGGUAACGGUGAUAAUAGCCACAGGUUUGACCUGAAUUUACCGGCUGAUCAAGUUAGUGAUGAGACACUUGGAAAGAGUCAACUCUCCGGCGAAGAAACAAAGUCGGUGUUGUGAUUAUUAUAUUUUUUUUACCGAUCGGUUUAGCUAAGUGAUUGAUCAUUAGCUGAGUCUGUAAUGAAAAUGAUUGGAGUGGACUUUGGAUUAUUUUAAUUUUUGUUUACGUAUACGGAGAGAAAAAAAAUCUUCAAAUGUUUA